UUGGUGUAAACAAGAAGAAGUAGGUUAAAUUUGCCAUAAAGCGAAGAGGAUGUUUGGAUACUGACGGGCGAGCGGUUUUCAUGCGGUAUAAAUUUGUCCACACGUGCAGUGUUAUUUGCUGUCUGGUAAUUCUACAAAUAUUUCGCAAAAGCCUGUUGUGAAUUUUAUUCCAUAACACUGCGAGAUUUACCGACGUUACACAAGAGAGUGACGCGGUUUAUUUCCUUUGGUGUCCCUGCUGGUGCUAAAAAAAAAAAAAAAAAACUACAAUUGGUUUGUUUCCUAUUUUCGGCUGAAUUUUCUGCUUGUGUCGAGGAAACUCUUGUACGAUGGUGCAAAAAGACAAGACUUUAGACACUCCUCCGUUAGAUGUUGAACCGAGCCCCAGCCCAGUCUCUGGAGAGGCUUGUGCGGAGGCCCCGGGCCCACUGGUGGAAUCCAGCAUCGGAGUGGAAACGACGGGCCACAGAAAAUUCAUUAGUGGGGUAGUUGAAGGCUUUUAUGGGCGCCCCUGGACUAUGGAGCAGAGGAAAGAGCUGUUCAGAAGGCAACAGAAGUGGGGACUGAACGCAUAUCUUUAUGCACCCAAAGACGACUACAAGCACAGAAUGUUCUGGAGAGAGCUGUAUUCAGUGGAAGAAGCAGAACAACUCAUGACUUUGGUUAGUGCUGCCAAGGAGCAUGGAAUAGAGUUUAUAUAUGCCAUUUCCCCUGGAUUGGACAUAACCUUCUCUAAUCAGAAAGAGGUUUCUGCACUUAAAAGAAAACUUGAUCAGGUUACUCAUUUUGGCUGCAAGUCCUUUGCCUUACUUUUUGAUGAUAUUGACCACAACAUGUGCCCUGCUGACAAAGAAGUAUUCAGCUCUUUUGCUCAUGCUCAGGUUUCUAUAACCAAUGAAAUCUACCAGUACCUGGGAGAGCCUGAAACCUUCGUUUUUUGCCCCACGGAGUACUGUGGAACUUUCUGCUACCCAAGUGUCUCGCAAUCCCCCUACCUCCGCACAGUUGGAGAAAAACUCCUGCCUAGCAUUGAUGUGCUGUGGACAGGUCCCAAAGUGGUUUCUAAAGAAAUCCCAGUGGAGUCCAUUGAGGAGGUGUCAAAGAUCCUGAGAAGAGCCCCUGUAAUUUGGGACAACUUUCAUGCCAAUGAUUAUGACCAGAAGAGGCUUUUCUUAGGUCCCUACAAGGGUCGCUCCACUGAGCUCAUUCCCAGGCUGAAGGGAGUCCUCACCAAUCCCAACUGCGAGUUUGAAACAAACUUUGUUGCAAUCCACACUUUGGCCACCUGGUACAAGUCUAACAUGAACGGGGUUCGCAAGGAUGUGGUCAUGACUGAUGGUGAGGACAGCACUGUGUCCAUCCAGAUCAAGCUUGAGAAUGAAGGCAGCGAUGAGGAGCUGGAGUCAGACAUGCUCUACAGUCCACAGCUUGCUUUAAAGCUGGCUCUGACAGAAUGGCUUACAGAAUUCAGUGUGCCUCACCAAUAUAACAGCCGACAGGUGCCUCAGAGUGGUACCAAAAGCACGGCCAUUGAUGUGUCUUCCAUGACAGCUCCGUCCCUUUGCUCCUCCACAGCAGUCACAACUGUGUUCCAGCAGCCCAUAAUGUCUCCUGCAAUGCCCCCUCUCCUUCUGGACCCCCUCCCACUCCCCAUGGCAAAAACGUCUGAAGAGGUAGAAGAGGUAGAUGUGGAAAAGAAGGAUUCAGAUGAAGAGCCAAUGGAGAUGGUGGUGGAGAAGGUGGAUGACACCGAGGCAGAAGAUGAUCCAGACGAGAAAGAUGUUGCUCCUAUCUUGGCCGAGGACCUAAAGCCUAUGGAUACGGACAAAGAGAGUCUGGCGGAGUCCAAAUCCCCCGAGGAGUCAAUCCAGGAGGACUCUGGGAGUGAUAUAGCUCCUAUGCAGACGGACGAUCAGCUCAAACAGGAUACAUAUGUUCCCGGCCCCGACGAGAAGCCUCUGUUCACACCUGAGCCUCCCACACUCGAGGACCUGUGUCUGCUCGCUGAACUCUUCUAUCUGCCUUACGAACAUGGACCCAAGGCCACACAAAUGUUAAAGGAGUUCAACUGGUUAAGAGCCAACAGCAGCGUCGUGAGUGUCAACUGUAAAAGGAAGGAAAGUGAAAAGGUGGCAGAAUGGCAGAUGCGGGCAGACAAGUUCCAAGACAUGUGCUGCUCAGUUAUCCACAUGUUCACACGGCUGUCCAACACGGCCAACCGCACCAUCCUGUUUGACCUCUACCCCUACAUCUGGGACAUCAAGAGCAUCUUGGCUAUGGUCAAGUCUUUUGUCCUGUGGCUUGGGUGUCGUAGUCAGUCCUCAGCACAAUUUCCUAAAGGAGAGCAAGAGGCCUGGGCCUUUAGGGGAGGUCUAGCGGGAGAGUUCCAGAGAUUGUUGCCAAUAGAAGGGGCAAACGAUCUUUUCUACCAGCCUCCACCUUCUUUGCCAACCUCCAAAAUCUAUACCAUAAGGCCAUACUAUCCAAAAGAUGAGGCUGCAGUUUAUAAAAUCUGUAAAGAAAUGUACUGUGAAGGAAUGGAAGACGAGCCAUUUGCUGAUGGGGAACCUGACCUGAUAGGGGACAGGUUGGUUGGAGGACUCCUGACGGUGAGUUCAGACUAUGGCUUCGUGCUGGAGGAUGACAAGGGGAUCUGCGGUUACGCUCUUGGCACUGCAGAUGUACAACCUUUUAUCAAGACGUGCAAGUUGAGCUGGAUUCCCUUCAUGCAGGAGAAAUACAACAAACCGGACUGUGAAAAGGAUCUCAAUGAGGCUGAAAAGAUGAUACUGAGCUUUCAUGAGGAGGAGGAAGGUCUACCAGAUUCUUUCCUGUCCAAUUUUCCUUCUCUCAUUAAGGUGGACAUUCACGCCAAAGUCACUGACCCCAGUGUGGCCAAAAGCAUGAUGGGAUGUCUGUUAUCUUCUCUUAAGGCCAAUGGUUCUCAUGGGGCUUUCUGUAAAGUCCGUCAGACUGAUAAACGAAUGUUGGAGUUCUACGGUAAGCUGGGAUGUUUUGAAGUGGCCAAAAUGGAUGGCUUUCCCAAAGACGUCAUCAUUAUGGGACGCAGCCUUUGAAGACGCGUGUUAACACAGCAACAGACAGAGCAAACUCGAGUCAACAAGUCUUUUUGGUACCUUCGUGUGGAAAACCUUUUCGUCAUUUUUAUACUGCCGUUAAAUCUGGGCCAGGAUGUCCUGGUGUUGUUUUUUGGUGGGGCGUUGCAUUUGUGUAAACAAGCACAAGAGUCACUCAGAAACCAUGUUCCACCCUUAAAAGGCGUAGUUCAGUUGAUUUUGUAGAUCAAGUCUCUAGCCACUCCAGGCAGUAACAUCAAGUGCCCCCCUAGCAUAGAUUUAGUUUUUAGGACCCCAUGACUUGCCACUACAUGGAUCCAUUUAUCCUCCUACAGAAAAAGAGAGUGGAUCUGAAACGGCAGCAGCUAUGAGAAGCAGGUGGCUCCUAACUUCGUCGUACAACCUUCCUCUUCUGCUUUCAGCCCCUGUUGUAAUAACACAACAAAGAUGUUGACAUGAACUGGAUGUCAAACCCGAAAAGAGGUGCUAAAAGAAGGUUUUGUGUUUUCUUUCUUUCUUUGCUCCACAGAUGAAAGGCCUGAAUAUGGCAGAAAGUGUUGAUGAAAGUUAGCCAAAUGGUCCUGAAUUUUAAUUGAAGUAGCUGCAAACAUUUGCUAAGCAAUGGAAAAGCUCCUACACCUUUACAGUUUGCUACUCAUUGUUUUAGUCUUUGCUUCAUUCCCCUCCAGCUGCUGCCUUUUGGAUGUUUGCAGUUGAUUGUUCAUUUUACAUUUUUGAAGACCCCAGCAUCUUUUGGGACUGGGUUUCUAAUAUUUCUCAUAUUGGUUUAGAAAUUUCUAGAGAAUAAUAAGCAGUGUGCAUCAGGUUGAGUUUUCAUUUCAUUACUUUUGUUUCUAUUUGUUUACUGGAAAAGUUUACUUGAUGCCCUCCUUACAAAAGAACUAAAUUGAAUCAUUGGGACCAAAAUAUUUGAGUUUAAAUAGCCUUUGCCAUCAGGUGCUUUCACUGUUUUACAUUAAUCUCAUCAGUUCAUUCAGAUUAAUGUAUUCUCAGAUGAGCCUCAUUUGGGUCACUGCGAUUGCUAAAUCCUGAUGAUAGUUCCAUGUUGUUCAGCUGCAGCUUUAAAACUCUGGAGCUAUUAUUGGCCUUUUUCUAUCUGUAUGUUGAAUGUUUCCUACUCUGACUCAUUUCCAUUUGUUUCUGCAAAACAGUAGUUGUUUUGUUUCUUUUUAGUGACACUCUGUUUAAUUACAGGAGUGUUCUGUUAGUUAGAUGAAGAUCAGCAGUUGCUCUCCAGUAGCUGCCGGUCAAUGUGAUGUUUCCAAACUGUACAUUUAUAUUGUGCAUGAGGUGUGUUGGAUCAUCUGUGGCUGACAUCGGUUCAAGUCUCACCUCCGAUGUUACGUAAAGGAAGAAGCAUGCCACUUAAACUACUUUUAUUUACUACAUGCAUAAAAGUGUUGUGCUUAGAUGGUUUGUAAAUAUUGUCAUUCAUGAAGUAUUAAAAGGUUUUGUAUAUUAUUUUAGAAAAUCGCUUCCGUUCUGUUUUAGUGGAACGAAAGCAGAAUGUUAACCCCUUGCUAGCCAGAGCCAUCCCACUUGUUAACAAGGAAUGAAACUCGCCAGCAGAUCUGCUCUUCAGCAAAUGAAGUUGGUGUUUAGUUUCUAACUUCUUCCAAAAAGAUAUUUCAUAAUUUUGCUGCUUGUGAUUUUUGUUUUCUGCAUUUGACUAAAUAACUGGGAGAAAUCCCUCAGACUGUACAGUUUAAGUUUGGGAUGGGGGUCAUUAAAGUGACAGUUUAUUUCUGUAAAAUUUCUGUGUAAGAUAAGUAACAUUAAACUAAUCAUAUAAACUUA